AACUCCCAUGAUGCACCGGGCUGUUACACAGUGAGGAAGUUGAGGAGGAUCCCCAAAAGAGAGAGAGAGGGAAACAAAAAGUUUGAGGAGCAGAAAAAGGGCAUCCACUGUCACUGAGCAGACCGAGAUCAGACUCUUCUGACUGCUGUCCUCAACUGGACUCCGGCUAAUUCCAGCUUCUUUCGUACAACAGAAACGCAAACAGUUGAUUGGAUCCUUGUUAGCGUGGCACUACAAGAUAAUAUAAGACCCCAGGCCUCCGAAAAGGUCAGCGCUUACUCACGGCUUAGCAGACUCCCUUUCGUUAUAGGUGCCAUGGCAGAGCGGGUGCUGGUGGUUGGCGGUGGAGGACGGGAGCACGCACUGGCCUGGAAGUUGGCCCAGUCGCCGCAGAUCCAGCAAGUGCUGGUGGCUCCGGGCAACGCAGGCACGGCCAGCUGUGGGAAGAUCAGCAACUCUGAGGUGUCGGUGAGUAACCACGCCAUCUUGGCUCAGUUCUGUAAGGAUCAUCACGUGGGGCUGGUCGUGGUCGGGCCUGAGGUGCCGCUGGCAGCCGGUAUGGUCGAUGACCUGACGGCGGCCGGAGUGCCUUGCUUUGGCCCUUCGGCCAAAGCGGCUCAGUUGGAGGCCAGCAAGAGCUUUUCCAAGGCUUUUAUGGAGCGCCACGGUAUCCCCACGGCCCGCUACGGCUCCUUCACCGACGCCAAGGAGGCCUGCAACUACAUCCGCACCGCUGACUUCCCUGCUCUGGUGGUGAAGGCCAGUGGCCUUGCAGCAGGAAAGGGAGUCAUUGUUGCCAAGGACCAGGACGAGGCUUGUCAGGCUGUGAUGGACAUCAUGAAGGACAAAGCUUUUGGAGCCGCUGGGGACACUGUUGUGGUUGAGGAGCUUCUGGAGGGAGAGGAAGUGUCCUGUCUGUGUUUCAGCGACGGCUCCUCCGUGUCUCCGAUGCCGCCUGCUCAGGAUCACAAGCGGCUGCAGGAUGGCGACCUGGGGCCGAACACCGGCGGCAUGGGCGCCUACUGCCCAACCCCGCAGGUGAGUCAGGAGAUGCUGCAGCAGAUUAGAGAGACGGUCCUGCAGAAGACGGUGGACAGGAUGAAGGAGGAGGGAACUCCUUAUGUGGGUGUGCUGUAUGCAGGGCUGAUGUUGACCAAAGACGGGCCUAAGACGCUCGAGUUCAACUGUCGCUUCGGCGACCCCGAGUGUCAGGUGCUGCUGCCGCUGCUGAAGAGCGACCUGUAUGAGGUGAUCUUGAACACCAUGAACGGCAAGCUGGCCUCUGACGCCCCCGUGUGGCACCAGGACAGCUCUGCGGUCACUGUGGUCAUGGCCAGCCCUGGGUACCCCGGCUCCUACAAGAAAGGAGUGGAAAUCACAGGUCUUUCUCAGGCUCAGGACACGGGGCUGCAGGUUUUCCAUGCCGGCACAGCCUUAAAGGAAGGAGGAGGAGUGGUCUCCAGCGGCGGACGGGUCCUGACCGUCACGGCGGUCAGUUCAUCCCUGGAAGCCGCCUUGCGAUUAGCCAAUCAGGGUGUGGCUGCCAUCGGUUUCCCGGGCGCCGUGUACCGCCGUGACAUCGGCCACCGGGCCAUUGCCCACCUUAAUCAGCACAGAGGUCUGACCUACAAGGACAGCGGAGUGGACAUUGCUGCCGGUAACAAGCUGGUGGAGAUAAUCAAGCCACUGGCUAAAGCGACGUCUCGCACCGGGUGUGAUGCAGACCUGGGGGGCUUUGCUGGCCUCUUUGACCUCAAGGCAGCAGGAUUCGUUGACCCAAUCCUGGUUUCUGGGACAGAUGGAGUGGGAACUAAGCUCAAGAUCGCCCAGGCUUGUGGGCAGCACAGUGGCCUGGGUCAGGACCUGGUUGCCAUGUGUGUGAACGACGUGCUCGCUCAGGGCGCAGAGCCGCUCUUCUUCCUCGACUAUUUCUCCUGCGGCAGUCUGGACGUGGCUGUUGCGGCGUCUGUGGUCGGUGGCAUUGCUAAGGCCUGCGAGACGGCGGGCUGUGCCUUACUGGGAGGAGAGACGGCAGAAAUGCCCGGCGUUUACGCUGUAGGCGAGUACGACCUGGCCGGGUUCUGUGUCGGAGCGGUGGAGCGUGGCGCCCUGCUGCCCAGGCUUGGGGACAUCGCAGAGGGUGACCUGCUGAUCGGAGUGGCCUCAUCUGGAGUCCACAGCAACGGUUUCAGUCUGGUCCGUAAAGUGCUUGAGAAGGCCCACCUCGGCUACAGCUCCCCUGCUCCCUUUGGCAACACGGGACAGACUCUCGGUGACGUUCUGCUCACGCCGACAAAGAUCUACAGCCGCUUCCUCCUGCCCAUCCUGCGCAGCGGCGCCGUGAAAGCGUACGCUCACAUCACAGGGGGAGGACUCCUGGAAAACAUCCCUCGGGUGCUGCCGCAGGGGCUGGCGGUAGAUUUAGAUGCAUCUCGCUGGAGCAUCCCUCCAGUGUUUUCCUGGCUCCACAAGGAGGGGGCGCUGAGCGAAGAGGAGAUGGCCCGCACCUUCAACUGCGGCCUGGGGGCGGUGCUAGUGGUCGCGCCGCUGGACGCUCAGAGGGUUCUGCGCCAGCUUCAAGCCCAGGAGGAGGCCUGGAUCGUGGGCUCACUGGCCCACAAGCUGCCAGGAGGAGAAGCUGUGUUGGUCCGUAACCUGAGCAAUAGCCUGCUGAAUGCAGGAUCAGUCGUCGUGUGGGGAGAGAAGGGGGUCGAGCAAGAAAACAACGGCGACACCAGCACACCGCGCAAGAGGACCAGAGUGGCUGUUCUCAUCUCGGGCACAGGCACCAAUCUUCAGGCUCUGAUAGAGCAGGCCAAACACCCAUCGAGCUCGGCAGAGAUUGUUGUCGUCAUCUCCAACAGGCCGGGAGUUCAGGGCCUAAAGAGAGCGUCACUGGCUGGUAUUCAGACACGGGUGGUUGACCACAAACUGUACGGGAGCCGCUCAGAGUUUGACAGCACCAUCGACCGUGUGCUAGAGGAGUUCAGGGUGGAGCUGGUGUGUCUAGCCGGGUUCAUGAGGAUCCUCACAGGAACAUUCGUCAAGAAGUGGAACGGAAAGCUGCUGAACAUCCAUCCAUCCCUGCUGCCAUCUUUCAAGGGCGUUAAUGCCCAGAAGCAGGCUCUGCAGGCCCGGGUGCGGAUUACCGGCUGCACGGUCCACUUUGUUGCAGAGGAGGUGGAUGCAGGUGCCAUCAUCGUGCAGGAGGCAGUGCCCGUACUGAGCAGCGACACAGAGGAGAGUCUGUGCGACAGAAUCAGAGAGGCCGAGCAUCGAGCCUUCCCCGCCGCCCUGGAGCUGGUGGCCGGCGGCGCCGUCAAGCUCGGCGAGGACGGACACAUCGCGUGGAAGUCGCAGAGUUAAAUUUAACACUUUAUUCCAUAGAUCUCAUCUCGCUGUGAACAAUUAACAAUACAUUCUGUAAUAGAACAUCUUCGGAUUGUUGGGUCCAGUUCAGUUCAUUGGAUGGUACAAGUUUUUAGAUAAAAUAGGGAACAUUUAAUUAGAAGCGUCUUACUUGAAAGUGAAAUUACAUUCCAUUAAUUCCUUGUAUGAAAUGGCACCUUUAUGUCUGCACUGUAAAGCAUGAUGUCUGACUUGUAACACUAUCCAUAACUUGUAAGUAAAUGAUGAGUGAAUGAA